CUCAAACUUGUUCAACACAGAAUGGCCGCCUUACUCAAUCUCCUCCCCAUUCUCUCCCUCACUCUCUCCUUUCUCCUCUUCUCCACUCAUUCCGCCGCCGCCGCUGCCGCCUCUUUUCUCGACGCCGAUGACGACGAAGCGGAAGAGUACAUCCUGGACGCGCCGUUCUCCGGGGCGCCGAGGCUGAGGAGCAGGUUUUUAGCGAGCAUUAGGAAGGGGAAGAGGUGUGACGCCGUGAGCAACAAUGUGUGCAACGGCGUGUCGGCGAACAACGGCACCAGCCUUCUCUACUGCUGCAAGAAGCACUGCCGGAACGUGCUGGGCGAUAUGAACAAUUGCGGCGGCUGCGGCCGGAAAUGCGGCUUCGGACAGCGCUGCUGCGGCGGCGUUUGCACCGACGUCGUUUAUAACGCUUUGCAUUGCGGGAAAUGCACCACGGCCUGCUUGCCUGGGGUUAAAUGCAACUAUGGAUCUUGUGGCUAUGCAUAAAUUAAAUGAAUAAAUACAUUAUUUGUAUUAUAUUCUCUUUUGCACUCACACUUCUGUUUAAACAUGGUAUUUGAAAUUUUGACGGUGGUAAAAGAUACUAUCCUUUGCGAAAAGGUAUAGUGAUACGUGACAUCGUAAACUAUUUCUGAAAUACUAUUCCUUUAAGAGAAUAUCGAUUUUUAUAUAUUUUCAUAUAUGAAUAUCUAAAAAUAAAUAAAUAAAUAAAUAAAUGUAGUGCAUGAAUGACUUAUUCAUUGUGCUUAGGAAGAGAUGUUCUGUACUUAGCUAGGGUUCAAGAGUGUUAAGUUUGAAGUUUUCAAUCUGCAUGGGCAGCUCAGUUGAUCACAGGUUAAAGUUUAAAAAUAAAGUUUGAAGUUUCCAGUAUGUAAUGCACAGAUAUGUAGUAGGAAUAAGUACAGUUCAAGUAUUAAUAAAUUACA